AUGCAGUUGGGGGGAGCCCAUUUCCAUAAGGACCCGUAUGUGGCGGACGUGACCGUUAUCCGCCGCUUGGCACUUCCUGUGGCGUGUCCUCCUCCGUCUCGGCUUCAGAUUCGGACGAUAACAGUGGAACGGUCGCAGCGACGCAGACUCAUUAGUCCAAUCUGCUACCCUGGGGCAGCUAACCGGCACCCUGGACCCAGCUGGGACAGAACCUAG